CCGAGUACCUACGUUGAGAAAGUAGCUUUCUAAAUUUCUUAGAACUUUGACUGUCUACAAAAUAUAAAUUUUAGUGAUUUGAUACUAACAAGUUAAAAUUAAUAACAUAGUUUUGUCUUCUGUGCUGUGAUAUACUUAAAAUAGGCGUAGUGAGUGGAAGACUAAUUAGAAAGCAACAUGGAAGCGCUGACAGUUCCGCCAUGAAUGCAAAAUAAAUAGAAAUUCUUUUUUGUUCCAGGUGCUGGGCAUAAGUUGGGAUAGGCUAGAAACUUCACAAUGUUGAGAGGUGGGCGUGGCGGCCGUCACAGUCCGGAGCUGUAUCCCCACACACUAAAGUGCUCCAACGCGAGCGACACCAGCUCAGCUUACAGUGGUAGUGACACCAUGACUUCCGUACACAGUUCUUUAGACAUGGACAUGGAGGUAGACCUAUCAGGUCUCCUUGAAUCCAUAGUGGAUUCAGAUGAGGAAGAAGAUUUGGAAGAAAGUAUGGACAGUCUUACAGUACGAGAUGCUGUAAGGGACUGUCUUGAAAAAGACCCAAGUGACAGAACAGAUGAAGAUAUUGAAAUUUUGUUAGAAUUCACACAACAUUUGAAAGCCUUCACUAAUAUGACGCUUACAGUUCGUAAAGCACUCUGUGCAGUGAUGGUUUUUGCGGUAGUGGAAAAAGCUGGAACGGUUGUAAUGAAUGAUGGAGAAGAACAUGAUUCUUGGUCAGUGCUCAUCAAUGGCCAUGUAGGUAUAGAACAUCAAAAUGGAGAAAUAGAGUAUCUUAAUGUCGGAGACAGCUUUGGAAUGGCGGAAGCUACGCUUGAAAAACUAUAUCACAGGGGAGUUAUGACGACGAGAUGCGAUGACUGUCAAUUUGUUUGUAUCACACAAACAGAUUACUAUCGCAUUUUGCAUCAAGGUGAGGAGAAUAUACGAAGGCAUGAAAAUGAGAAUGGCGUCGUAGUUUUAGUUACGGAAUAUAGAGGUGUUGCUGGCGACUCAGCACAUCAACAAGGACACGUAGUCAUUAGAGGGACGCCUGAACAAUUGAUGCUUCAGCUAAUUGAAGAUAACUCACGAGAUUCAACGUACGUUGAAGAUUUUCUUCUGACACAUCGAACCUUUAUAGAAAGUCCCCUUGUGGUUGCUAAACAAUUGCUUGCCUGGUUCUCGGAACCUUCUGAUCGUGAUAAAGUCACUAGAGUUGUAUUACUUUGGGUAAAUAAUCAUUUCACAGAUUUUGAAACUGAUCCAAAUAUGAUGGAAUUUCUCGAAAACUUCGAAACAGCGUUAGAACGCGAAAAAAUGGAAAGUCAAUUGAGAUUACUUAAUAUUGCUUGUUCUGCGAAAGCUCGAACGCGGAGCGUCACUCUAUCGAGGUCUUCAAGAGAUGAGCCUUUGAAUUUCACAGUACUUGGUGGUUAUGAACGAGGAUAUGGUAUUUUUAUAUUGAAAGUUGAAAGACACUCAAAGGCUGAAGAUGUAGGUUUAAAGAGAGGAGAUCAGGUUCUUGAAGUAAAUGGUCAGUCAUUCCAACACGUAAGUCAUGCUAAAGCCAUGGAAAUUAUUACGGGUUCUACACACUUAAGCAUCACAGUUAAAAGUAACUUGUUAGCUUUUAAGCAAAUGCUACUAAUGCCCGAAAACUCGCCCCGACAAAGAGGUUGUGCAUUACGCUGGCAAACAGACCCUAGAGCACGAUUGUCUACAGCUGAGUUACUGAGCGAUGACCCGAUAACUCUCAAUUCCGUUUUUCAAUCGCCAACUAAGAAACCUCAACCGAUGAGCGUCAAAAAAGAACCACAAAAAGGUUUUAUGACUCUCGGUCCAAAAAGGAGACUUCAAAAAGCGCUAAUGAAAAUGAACAUUUUACCUAAAAAUACUAUCAGUGACGGAAUUCACACUGAUGACAGUAUCCUCUCGAAUUCCGAGUCAUUAAACAAAGCCAACUCGAGCACCUCUUUCUAUAGUUCGCACAGCAACCCAGAUUUAAUAUCAAUAUGUUAUGAUGAAUAUCAAUCGUCGGAUUAUCCCGAACACGUACUCAAGGUUUAUAAAGCAGAUCAAACUUGCAAAUAUCUCUUAGUCCACAAAGAAACGACAGCUAGAGAAGUAGUGAUGUUGACACUACAAGAGUUUGGUAUAACCGAUCCCAGUUCUAACUUUUCCUUAUGUGAGGUAUCAGUGGCACAGGGUGGCAUAAUUAAACAACACCGUCUUCCAGACCAGUUGCAGAACCUUGCCGAAAGAAUCGGACUUAGCUCUAGAUACUAUUUAAAAACUAAUGGCAUAAGUGAGACUCUAGUACCUGAUGAAAUGGCUCCUGAACUUCUGCGAGAAAGUGUGGUUCAUUUCUUGCAAUUAAACGCAGUCGAAGUUGCUGUUCAAUUAACUUUACAGGAUUUCUGUAUAUUUAGACAAAUCGAAAGUACUGAGUAUGUUGAUGACUUGUUUGAGUUAAAAAGCAGAUAUGGAACACCUAUGCUAUCGCAGUUUGCUGGUCUCGUUAACAAGGAAAUGUUUUGGGUCGUUACGGAAGUGGUCAACGAACAAAAUCUCGUUAGACGAUCCAAAAUUGUAAAACAAUUUAUCAAGGUGGCUCGUCAUUGUAAAGAAUGUAAAAACUUCAAUUCCAUGUUUGCUAUAAUUUCGGGAUUGGGACACGGAGCUGUGUCUAGAUUAAGAUUGACAUGGGAAAAAUUACCUACAAAAUACAUUAAAUUAUUUUCUGAUUUACAAAUGCUAAUGGAUCCCUCAAGGAAUAUGUCUAAAUAUAGACAGCUAGUAACAACAGAACAAGGACGUUCGCCGGUCAUACCAUUCUACCCGGUCGUUAGAAAAGAUCUCACAUUCAUUCACCUCGGCAACGAUACUAAAGUUGAGGGUAUGGUCAAUUUCGAAAAGCUAAGAAUGAUAGCUAAGGAGGUGCGAACUCUUACGAAUAUGUGUAGCUCCCCAUAUGAUCUUUUAACCUUACUCGAACUAGGAAAACAACCACCUUCUAACGCUAUGGUCGCCCUAAAUCAGUUAACCACGGGCGUGCAACAAGGUCAAGUCACAGUUAAAAGAAGGAAAAAAUCCUCAAAUGUUCCAAAUCCCAAAAAAAUGUUUGAAGAAGCCCAAAUGGUGAGACGCGUAAAGGCAUACUUAAAUCGUAUGCACGUGGAAACUGACGAAGAGCGCCUGCACGCGCUGUCUUUAGAAUGCGAGGGCUCCGGGCCGGCCCCCGCCUUGCCUCGCCGACGACACCCGUCGCCUUCAUUGUCGACAACUAGCAGCGCGUCGUCAGCCAGUGAGGGUAAGAAAAGUUUUGCAGGCAACAAGUUCGGUGCUGCGUCUCCGCAGGCGGUUCGGAAGUUGCUCGCCCUAUCAGAGCCCGCUAAAACUAGACCGCACCAGCCGAGACCGCCCCCGCCCGGACCGUCGCCAUGUUCGCAUCGCAGGGACGGCACGGGGCCGGGUAUAUGCUGCGCCCGCGCGGCUCACGAGAGAUCGCAUUCGGACACGCCCACGCCGCUGCCAGUGGAUUUGUCGGCGGAAAGCAGCAGCGUGACGUCACUUGUGAACCUACCGCUUCGUAAGACGGGGUCUGCUACGUCGAGUGACAGCGGGCACGGGUCUUGCACGACCGCGAGCUGCGUGCGGCCCGUGCCCCCGCCGCGCAUGCCGCAGGCGCCAUACACCCUGGCCGCACAGGUAGCACGCCUCGAACGUCUGAGCCGCGCGCACUCGCACGAGGGAGUCACGCGCCCCUACGACUACUAUCACGACGCGCCGGAUGACGAGGACGAUGACCAACAAGUAUCGGCCGUUUGAACUUUUUAAUACUCUAAUUAAUAUCUAUUUAUAUAGUUCAGUUUUGUAAUCUCACUUGACUAAUAGAGAAGCACGUGUUAUGUAAUGUUUUUCUUAUAGAUAUUAUAUCAUUAAAAAUCGAUUCAUGUAUGUACUCUUUACAAUUAAAGUAUGAAGACUGUAUAAUUUAUUGUAAGAAUUUUUCGUAGUGUUACAUAGUGUAAAAUUGAGUUAAGCCAUGCCUCUAUUAUUAUUAUUAUUAUUGAAUAAUUGUAAUGUAAUGUGACCCCACCAUGUUCCAGUUAAUCUAGAGAUGUUUGAUGUGUACCAAUAAUAGGUGAUUACUAAUCCACCGUUGGUAUUUCUAGUGUCUACAUUCCGUUGUUUGUAUAUUUUUUAAUUUUCAUUAUUUAUAAUACGCAACUUAGACCAAAUAAUAAUUAAUGUACCUUUUAAUAUUUACGAUUCGGUUUGAUUUUAAUAAAUGUAUGUUGUAGUGACGUUUUGGUAGCUUUGCGGACCAACGCUGAGUUUUGAUGUUAUUUCUUACGGUAGCAGU